AUGUUGUAUAAUUUGUGUCUCUGAUUUUGAAUAAUACGUGUCUGUGAUCUUCAACGAGACAUUCUUUUCUAUUCUUUUUCUCCACAUGGCCAAAAGAUUACUGAUAUAGUCUAGAUGUAUGAGCUCUUAGUCUACCAAAUCCAGGCGACAAGUGCUGACUGGAUAGGCCAGUAACAACAAAUUUCCCUAGAAAAUUUCUUCCUUAAAGCUCCGAACUGGUAAUUUUUGAAACAGAAGAGAUUGGACCAUGUGUUAUGGGAAUUCAAAAAGAUGCUGGUUCUGUAAUGGGGCAUGUUGUUUGCUUCAAAUUAUAGUUUGGAUUGAGCAAUUGAACUUGUAGCAGCCAUGGCUACCACAGUUCCACUUGCGUACCAGAAUGCCACGGGAAUACCAAAUUGGCUUAACAAAGGAGACAAUGCAUGGCAAAUGGUAGCUGCAACUGUUGUUGGAUUGCAAAGCAUGCCAGGCCUUGUUAUCCUCUAUGGAAGCAUUGUAAAGAAGAAAUGGGCUGUUAAUUCUGCAUUCAUGGCUCUCUAUGCAUUUGCAGCUGUUCUGAUCUGUUGGGUGACUUGGGCUUAUAAAAUGUCAUUUGGGGAUGAACUCCUUCCAUUCUGGGGUAAGGCGGGACCUGCACUUGGCCAAAAGUUUCUCAUCAAGCAAGCCAAAGUUCCCGAAACAGAGCAUAAGUACAAUAAUGGAACCAUCGAGACAGAAGCUCUCGAGCCCUUUUUCCCUAUGGCUACCCUUGUGUUUUUUCAGUUCGUUUUUGCAGCCAUAACAAUGAUUCUCUUGGCUGGUUCUUUGCUUGGAAGAAUGAAUAUCAAAGCAUGGAUGGCAUUUGUGCCACUCUGGCUCACUUUUUCUUAUACUGUAGGAGCGUAUAGUUUAUGGGGAGGAGGAUUCCUUUUCCAGUGGGGGGUCAUUGAUUUCUCAGGUGGUUAUGUGAUUCAUCUAUCUUCUGGAAUUGCAGGGUUUACAGCAGCUUAUUGGGUAGGACCUAGGUUACAAAAGGACCGUGAAAGAUUUCCUCCAAACAAUGUGCUGCUAAUGCUCGCUGGAGCUGGUUUUCUGUGGUUGGGCUGGUGUGGUUUUAAUGGAGGCGGCCCUUACUCUGCCAAUGUUGUUUCAUCCAUGGCAGUUUUGAAUACCAACAUAUGUGCAGCCACCAGUCUUCUUGUAUGGACUUGCUUAGACGUUAUAUUCUUUAAGAAGCCUUCAGUCAUUGGAGCCGUUCAGGGAAUGAUAACUGGACUUGUCUGUAUUACCCCAGGCGCAGGUGUCGUGCAAGGAUGGGCUGCCAUUGUAAUGGGUGUGCUCUCUGGUAGUAUUCCAUGGUGGACCAUGAUGAUAGUUCACAAAAAGUCGGCCUUGCUACAGAAAGUUGAUGAUACAUUGGCUGUAUUCCAUACCCACGCAGUUGCAGGAUUACUGGGUGGAGCACUUACAGGCCUUCUUGCAGAGCCUACUCUCUGUGGCCUCUUCCUCGCAGUAAAAAAUUCCAAGGGAGCAUUUUAUGGGGAUGGCAUGCAAUUUGUCAAGCAAAUAGUGGGAGCUACUUUUAUCAUUGGCUGGAACAUUGUUGUGACAACCAUAAUCAUGCUAGCCAUCCAGUUUUUCAUUCCACUGAGGAUGCCAGACGAUGAACUUUUGAUAGGAGAUGAUGCAGUACAUGGGGAGGAAGCAUAUGCUCUGUGGGCUGAUGGGGAGAAAUAUGACCAUACAAAACAUGGCUCGUAUUCUGAUGAGAGGCAACAUUUUAAAGGGAAUGGAGUUGGGCAGGGUGCAGCUGGAGGACUAACUAUGGAGUUGUGAUCCUCCCAUAGGCUUCUUUGUCCUGCAAUUACUUUACAUUCAGCCAGGGUAUAAAGGAAAACGACCAAAUGAAUAAUCAGGAUCUUAGUUCUUUGUUUUCAUCUAUAUUGGUGAAGCAGGAUUUUAGAAUACCCAGGUUCGGUACCCAUUGUAACAAGCACAAACGCAUUGGCUGUGUUCAGUUUACAUUGUAUCAAUUAAAUCUGUUCUGCAUUUUAGUGAUUAAAUAUUUAACAUUUUUGAUGUAAAAAUCUUUCUAUAACUAAAUUCUCAAAUUCUCAAUUUACUAUAA